GCACGACGGGCGGAGGCGGCGGAGGGCGGCGCAAGGUGUCCCUGGCGGAGCUCCAGCAGGUGGUGAACCAAGCCCUGGAGGUGCAAUUGCAGCCCCUCGACACCGCCCUCAGGCUCGUCAGACUUGAUACCUUCACCGACAACAUCCACCGCCAGCUUGGAACGUUGGAACAUAUACAGAGCAAGUUACUGACGGAGUAUGGGGAGCUCCGUGCUGCUGUGGGAGACAUCUCCAGGAACACCAUGGAACUUGUGAAGCAGGUGGCCAGCCUGGACACCCGCCUGGCCGCCCUGGACAGGUCACUGCCUCACCGCAGUGAUCACCGCCCCACCCAGGACAACAUGGCGCCUGACCUUCAGGACUCUGAGGACUACCCACAGGCCGCUGUGCACCAGGAUCUGUCCCAGGUCACUGAUGCUGUCAGAGAUGCUGUCAGCUCCAUCAACAACAGACUUCAGUCAACGGAGCGGAGGUUCAAGGAGGACCUGGCCACGCUGGAGAACCGGACGACGGAGGCGCUGAAGAAGUCCCACUUGGACCUCGACCGUCGGAUGGCUAUCGCAGGACUCGACAGCGUUCUCAUCCUUAACACGCUGGACAAACUGGCCAACAAGUCGUGCCCUCUGCAGGGGUCGGAGAGGCGAGCGGCCACGUCGUCUCUCCCUCAGGAGUCCCGUAGCGACGCCCUGGUGCCUCGGUCACGCCCUCAGAGGACCAACAUGGAGGAGACGGCGGCCCAGGACGAGCUGGCCUACUUCCCGGCAGAGGAGGAGGCGGAGGCCACCGAGAAUCAAGUGGCGAGCAGCGGCGGGUCAUCAAGAGAGCGGGUGAAGACUUGGCUCAUCGGGGAGAGUGGUCGCCCUGUCACAGAGGUCCAGACGCUCAACCUAGGUGUGGUCUCCCGCCUCGCCUCCGAGAUCGCCAGGCAGAUGGCUGAGGAAGACGGAGGUAGCGACCAACCCCGGGACUGCGCUGCCGUGGCCGCUGCAGGAGAGACCACCAGUGGCGUCUACACCAUCUUCCCGGCCUCCUGCACCGCCAGGUUCUCCGUGCAGGUGUGGUGUGAACUGGAGGAGAGUGGAACUGGGUGGACGGUGGUGCAGAGACGAGGGUCCAUGACCUCAGACACGCCUCACCCCGUUGUCGACUUCUUCAGAGACUGGGCCGAGUACAAGUGGGGCUUCGGUAACCUGGAGGGAGAGUACUGGCUAGGACUGGAGUACAUCCACCAGUUGACGCAGUCGGGCGACUACGAACUGAGGGUCGACCUGCAGGACUGGGGGAACGAGACCCGUUGGGCCAAGUACAAGCACUUCGCUCUGGCUAACGAGGACCACAACUACACCCUCGCUCUUGGUGACUACGAGGGUACGGCAGGCAACUCCCUCAAGUACCACCAAGGGGCGUCUUUCAGCUCCAGGGACCGAGAUAACGACCUCAACCCCCGGGGGCACUGCGCCCGCACCUUCCACGGUGCCUGGUGGUUCACCGCUUGUCACGAGUCCCACCUGAACGGUCGUUACCACCACGGCCGCCACAAGAGCUACGGAGACGGCAUCAACUGGAUGGCCUUCCGCGGCCAUAACUACUCCCUCAAGUUCUCCAGGAUGAUGAUCAGACGCACCAACAUCUAAAGGAGAGAGAGAGAGACACCCCCGAGGCCACUCAAGGGGGUGACAAUUCAGUCCUUGGGUCCACGUGGCUUUUACUGUUGAUACCAGAAGCGGAAGUGUUCAAGUCUCCAGCACGGGAUAGACAUAGGCCAAGCGAAUGUUAUACGCGAGAAUAUAUGAGGAUUCCAAAAUAAGAUUAUACCUGGAGGUACUCACAGUUCGAAGUGUCUCCAAGAAUAUAUAUAUAUAUAUAUGACUCAUAUCAUUAGAUUGUAGGAGGGUGGGGGGUGGGGAGGGUGUUAGUCGAAGUCUUUGGUACGCGGUGUUAGUCGAAGUCUCUGGUACGCGGUGUUAGUCGAAGUCUUUGGUACGCGGUGUUAGUCGAAGUCUCUGGUACGCGUGUUAGUCGAAGUCUCUGGUACGCGGUGUUAGUCGAAGUCUUUGGUACGCGGUGUUAGUCGAAGUCUCUGGUACGCGGUGUUAGUCGAAGUCUCUGGUACGCGGUGUUAGUCGAAGUCUUUGGUACGCGGUGUUAGUCGAAGUCUUUGGUACGCAGAAGUGACGCAUAUAUAGGUGACGCAGUACCGGUGGGCGUACAUAUGAGCACCGGCAGUAGGUAAUGAGAUAGAUAGUUUAAUAGGUUAAUGAGACACC